AAAAAAAAAAAAAAUAACAAAAACAAAACAAAAGAAAAYUAAAUUCUCACGUUGCAACAAUUGUUGCAGUUUACAUCAUGUCCAGCCACAGCGUGCAACGGCGCAAAACAGCGCGCUCCAAGUCAAAGCAAAAACAACAACAACMGCCAGCUAAUGUUGCGGAAAACCUCAUCGACAAACAAAACGCCAGCAAUGAACAAAACGAAAGACUUCACUUUCGCAGCCGUUCAGCAACCUCAGCAGCGCCGUCGACGGCAGCAGCGGCAGUGCCACUCAGCUGCAUUUCAUCUUCACCAUUGUGCUGUAAUGGUAUACUGCCCACCAGCGCGGUCUCAGCCAUGCUGAACUGUUGCCGCGACAUUAACUGCCAUUUGAAUUCACCACUGCGCGGCAGCGUUGAGCGCAGUCGACGCUCAGAGAGCCGACAAUCAUUUCUAACUUCGGAGACGAUAACAAGAACAACAUCUUCGCCUACGCCUACCUCUACAUCAAAACAAUCGCGUUCUCGUUCCCAUUCUCAUUCCCAUUCCAGUUCCCGUUCGUCGUCGUGUAGCGUCAACGACAAUCCGCACAAGCAGAGGGAAGGCAGCGCAGCUGGCGCGGACAGAGUUGGGAGAGCGCAAUUAACCGUUAGCCUGCACAUCGAUCUCAUCAGCUGGGGUCUGUUCGUGCUCGCAUUUAUUACGCGAUUCUAUAAGCUCGCAACGCCCGCGCAUGUUGUUUUCGAUGAGCUGCACUUUGGMAAAUACAUUUCGCUAUAUAUGCGCAACAUCUUCUUCUUCGAUCAGCAUCCGCCACUGGGCAAGCAGCUGAUAGCUGGCCUGGUCAGCUUCGCUGGCUACGACGGCAAUUACACAUUCUCACGAAUCGGCACCCCCUAUGGGCCGAAUGUGCCCGUCUUCUGGCUACGCUUUCUGCCCGCUCUCUGUGGAAGUCUGCUCGCGCCGGCAGUGUACCAUCUGCUGCUGGAAGCGCGGCUGCGUCGCUGGUCGGCAGCGCUUGGCGGCUUGCUCGUCGUGCUGGACAAUGCGCUGCUCACGCAGUCGCGCUUCAUUCUCAUGGAAUCUAUGCUGCUGCUGGCCAGCACUGUGGGCAUUAGCUUCCUGCUGCGCUUCCAGCGCUGCUCGCUGGGCAGCCUCAAGUGGCUGAGCAGCGGCGCGGCGGCUGCGCUGUUUCUAGCCUGCGCUGGCUGCAUCAAAUAUGUUGGCUUUCUUGCCAUGGGACUUGCGGGCUAUUUGCUGUGUCGCCAUCUCUGGAAGCUCCUCUACGAUGCGACUUUGACAAAUAAACAACUGUGGAUGCACGCCUUAAGCAGAGUGUUGCUGUUCGUGGGCAUUCCCUUGGCCGUUUACCUGGGCGUCUUCUACAUUCACUUGAGGACGCUGCAUCGAGCGGGGCCACACGACACGAUCAUGACGAGCGCCUUCCAGGCCUCGCUGGAUGGUGGCCUGGCCUCGAUCACGCGGGGUCAGCCGUUGGCUGUGGUGCACGGAUCGCAAAUUACGCUGAGGCACACGCACGGACGCACCUGCUGGCUGCACUCGCACGCAGCUGUGUAUCCUGUGAGGUAUAAGGAUAAUCGCGGCUCCUCGCAUCAGCAGCAGGUGACAUGCUACUCCUUCAAGGACGUGAACAACUGGUGGAUUGUGAAGCGACCGGAGCGAGAUGAUCUGGUAGUGGGCGAUCAGCCGGAUGCCAUCAAACAUGGCGAUGUCAUCCAGCUGGUGCACGGCAUCACUAGCCGUGCUCUCAACUCCCACGACGUGGCUGCCCCAAUGACGCCUCAGUGCCAGGAGGUCAGCUGCUACAUAGACUACGAGAUCAAGAUGGCCGGCGAGCUGCUGUGGCGCGUGGAGAUCCUCAACCGGCAGUCCGAGGGCGACUACUGGCAUGCGAUCAAGUCGGAGAUACGACUGAUACACGAGACCACAGGCGCGGCGUUGCGCUUCAGCGGACGACAGCUGCCCAGCUGGGGCUACAAUCAGCACGAGGUGGUGGCCGAUCGCGAGAGGCAGCAUCAGGACGCCAUCUGGAAUGUGGAGGAGCAUCGCUACACCAAAACUCAGGAUCAGCGGGAGCGAGAGCGCCAACUGCUCUCCGCCGAGAUGAUUCCCACACAUCGCACCAAGCUCUCCUUCUGGUCCAAGCUGCUGGAGCUGCAGACCAAGAUGCUGUGGCACGCCAAGCAGCUGCAGAGCCACAUGUACAGCUCGCUGCCGCACGAGUGGCCACUGCUGGACAAGGGCAUCGCCUACUGGCUGGACAACAGCUCCAGCGCCCAAAUCUAUUUGCUGGGCAACGUGCUCAUCUGGUAUGUGGCCAGCGCUGGGCUCGUAGUCUAUGCCUCGCUCCUCGUCUUCUAUGCCUUGCGGCGCCGUCGCUUGUGCUUCGAUAUCUCGACCAGCGAGUGGCGGCGCUUCGUCAGCGCUGGAGACACUUUCUUUGUGGGCUACCUGGUGCACUAUUUGCCGUACUUCUUCAUGGAUCGCACGCUCUUCCUGCACAACUACUUGCCGGCGUUUGCCUUUAAGCUGCUGCUCCUCAGCUUCGUGCUGGAUCAUCUGGACUAUUUGCUGAGACGCCAUUGCAGCGGACGGGCCGUUCACUUGGUGCGCCUCUAUCGUCUACUGCUGAUCGUGUGGCUGGUCGCAGCCGCAGCGACCUUUUUCAAGUUCUUGCCAUUGAGCUACGGCUCACGAAAGAUGUCUGCCAAGGAGAUAAUUGACCUGCGCUGGAAGGACACCUGGGACUUUAUACUGCAAAAGAACUAUGCAUUGCAUUAAGACUGUCUCUUCCGCAUCCCACUUCCUCGACUCGACUCCACUGUACCUUGUACAAUAAAUCGCAAUACUUGAGUAGGAGAAGCUAAUUUAAAAAGUUUGGCUGGAGCCAAGCCAAGCAUAAGUUAUUAAUAUCCUGUUCUUAACUCAGCUAAUUCAGCUAAUAAUAAAAUUAUUUAUUUAUU